CUCCUCACCUGCACCAACUUACUGAAGAAGAAGAAGAAGAUCAUUUGGAAGGCAACAAAACAAGUUUGUCAGCUGAACUGCAUGGAGACCAAAGCGCCUGUUGUGCUGAACUCGCUUCCUCCUUACGGACAUGUUAUUGCCAGCGAGAAAUGGAGAAACUCGUCCCUCAUUCAAAGCUUAAAGGGUGGAGGAGUGAAAAUCCUCUUUGAGAAUGAGCUCGGUGUGGCAGAUUUCCACCUGCCCAACAAAAGCUGCGUCCUCUACGUGUCUGAGUGCGACAUCAUAGCAGGAAACAGCUACAAGAGGAAACUGGUUCGCUACAGAAAUGGCAGCAGUAGUUUCCAGGAGCUGGUGCUGGUGGAGAACACCAGACUCAGUGAGCAGUACUUCUCUGCUGUGCAGAAGUUUGUGGUGUUUGACCUCGGCCUGACUCUACUGCCGGUCAGCGGGCAGACUGAGGCCUCGCAGCUCAUCGCUCAGAUCGUAAGUAGUGAAGACAAAACAACAGAGCUGCAAGAAAUCCCAUCCAGCAAGGGACUGAGUUGGCCAAUCAAAUCCAUGCAACCACACAUUCCUGGCAUAUUAAACGUGUGGAGACAGAAGAUAAAAUGGAUCCUGACACCUUUGAUAAAUCUACUGUGUCAGUAGGCGUGUUUGCCUGCCGCCUAAAGUAAAGUGUUAGCGCUGAGCUAAUAGCCUCCACUGCCGCAGAGAGCAGAGUUCAGUCAGCAGGCGUCACUUCAGAGCAGCUGACAGUUUUGGCCAGUGGGAAGCCGUUCAGAGUUCACAUCGUUGUUCUUGCUGCAGAGAGGAAAAUGAAAAGAGUGGACAGUGAUAAACCAUCCACGUGACCCGAGUCUGUUUUAGUUUAAGA